AUGUCGUCGUUCUAUACCCUUCUUACCAUCACCAAUAAUUUUCCGGUCGACUUGACAGAUGGGACUGCGACGAUAAAGACCGGAACAUUGGUUGGAAGAAUACCCGAGACCAUCGAACCCGAAAAGAAGACUACACAGAUUCGAAUCAAUGCUACAAAUGCCGAUGAUGGAUCGAGCGGCCAUCUCACUUACGCGGUCGUUAUUGGAGGCCGUGAACGACACAUUUCUUUUGUUUUCAAAUGCGACAAUAGCUCGUCAAACCAGGCAAAGAUCAACUCAGAAUGGGCAGAUCUCUUCGAGGCAUCAGUCAGCGCAUUCAAUCUUGGCGAUCAUCCUCUUGUGGUUGACUACAAAGUCAGUGCUGCGGCCAGGCGGUCGGAACAUGACACUGCUGAGUAG